CUUGGCUAAUGAGCUUAGCCUGUGCUGAGCAGCUUUCAGCCCUGCAGGUUGUUGUAGUGGGCACUGGUUAGCCCGUAGAGGUUAGCGAGGGAAACCAGAGCAGAGGAGUGGAUCUCAGAAGGGGCAGAGCUGCAGCCACAGCUUCACCACUCCUCUGUUUGCCUACCAGGACCACCUAUACUUGUACCGACACUGCGGCUGGGACGUCUCUCUCUCCUCUCUCCUCUCUCCCCACCCUCCCUCCUCUGCCUCUCUCUAACGCUACCUGACUCCCCUCUGUCUGUCCCGGAGCACUGACAAACUGCUUUUUGUAGCUGCAUCACCUCUCAGGCAGCUGCCCCCUCUUUCCAUCUCUUUCUGCCCUGACUUUGUUGCCAAAAUGUACCGGAACCCGUGGAUCUCGAAUUACCUGACUCACGUCAAGUUUUGCAGCCAAGGACUUGGGAGUGAGACCCCCAUUAAACUAAGCAAUCCCAGAUUGCUACAGAAGAGAGCUUUGAGCUUCCAGAAAGAAUUCUCCUUUGACGAAAAAGACGACCCAGCCAAAAGCACCAAGGAUAUAGAUGUUAGUCUCUUGGCCAAUCUCCCCAAAGUCUCUGAAUUGAGGAAACGAUUUGAAGGCAUUACCACAAGCACAAGUGACUGGGAAAUGAACAGAAAGGAACGUAUCGCUCGCCGGUUGGAGGGCAUAGAGGGUGAGGUGCAUCCGUCGCUGCUGCCUAGCUUAGUGGCCAACCGGCUUCUGGAGGAGGACACACCACGAUACACCAGGGCCUCUGACCCCUGUGAGCCCUGUGGUGUUACAGUCCAGCGGUAUGGUGUGGAAGGAUUCGAAAGCCCAGAAAUGCAGCUGACUGCUCCAGAGCGCCAGUCCAGGGCUCGAUGCAGACCUGACCCCAAGUCUUCAAUCCACACAGACCCUGUCUACAGUUCAGGUUCUACUACCAAUGCCCCAGAGCUGGAGUCCAAGGCCGAACGCAUCGCCCGCUACAAGGCGGAGCGGCGCCGGCAGUUGGCCGAGCGCUAUGGCAUCUCUUUAGAUCAGGAGCCAGACAUGGACUGUCCCUCCCGCUACACUCGCACCCAGAAGGAGUCGGAAGGCUCAGAAAGGCGAAACAGAGAGGAGUUGAUGGGGGAGGAUGGGAGGGACAUCACCUUGAGUUCUUAUACCAGUACCUCUGCCACUAGCCCGAGGGUGGGACGCACAGCACCACAGCACAGCCACCCCGACCCCGGUUAUGAGACAGGUCGAACCAGGGUGGACUCGUUCUCAGAGAGGGAGAGACUGAUGAACCUGGAGAAUCAACGCCGAGCUGCUCCUCCAGAGCCGCCUUCCUCAUACAUGGAUGUGACAUCAUUGCCCUCAGCUGCCAGGGUGCCCGCCAAGGACUAUUCAGUCACAGGGAUGCCACCCAGUUCACCCAAGCUGAGCAGGCAACCUUCCCUCUCCUCACCCAAACACGGGGUAUCUCCUGGGGACCUAUUCAUCGAGCAGCAGGCCCACAACAUCCUCAGCAGACAGGGUGCGAGGGCGAACCUGAGCACUGAUUGGUUCCUCCAGACUGAUGCUGAGGGCGAGACCCAUUCCCUCAUCAACUGGCCCUCGAGAAUCAGAGUUAGGGAGAGGCUUGCCAGAGAGGAGGGCCGCCAAAGGAGCCCAGAGCUGGGAAAUGUUACAGAAAACCUGGUGUACCGCAGACAAUUUCAACACCAGACCCCAACUUCUACACACUACCACACAGACCCAGCAGGUCCGCAGCAGGCUUACUCCUAUCCCCAACAUCACCCCCAGGCUCAGCUCACCCGACAAGAAGUUAGCAGUUUCCCCAGUUACCUGUCCAUGGCCUCUGGUCCCACAUCCAGAGCCGGGCAGCAACAGCAGCCCCAGGAGGAAGAAACUGAAGAGCUGGGGAACGUGAAGACAGAGGGCCUUCUGAGGAGUAGGAAAGCAGUGCUUCCCUCUGAGAUCCGCCGCCGGGAGCGGAGCACUGAGGACCCACGGAGAGGAAGGGGGGAAGAGGAGUUAGGGAUGUCCAGGGCACUGAGUCUCAGCCAGGCAAGGGAUGCUGAGGUAGAGGACCCUGCAAGAGGAGGACACAGAGGUAGAACCAGGUGGGACGAAACAGAGCACACCUCUCGUCUGCAGGCAUCAGAGAGCAGGCCCAGAGAGCGUGAAAAUGCCAUCUAUAUCCACAAAGGGGUGGCUGCUACCCACAUCCAGCCCAGAGCGGUGCAUGCAGGCCUGGGAAACUCCACCUCCAGUACUGCCCUGAGCCGCUCAGUGUCAGAUGCUGGGGAUCCACGAGGGCCCAAUCAGAGGAACCUGCAGUACCAGGCCUACGACCCCCGAGAGGCCAGGGAGGAUGAAGGUUUCAGUACCCGAGAAAAUCACCAAGACACCCGGGUGUCUGUGGCCCAGCUCAGACAUUCCUACAUGGAGAGCACCACCACCCCUCCAACCAGCCGCAGGAAUGAGCUUGAGGUUGAGGGGGACAGGGCACUCGCAGGCUACGAGGCCCCAUGGAGAGGGGAGAGGGGCAGGGGGCGCAGGCCCCGGCAAUAUAUCUGUCCCGGGGAGAGUAGAAAGACCUCUGAGAGGUUUAGGACACAGCCCAUCACUUCUGCUGAGCGCCAGGAGACUGAUAGGUCCUGCGUCAGUUCAGAUCUUGCUUCCACUGAAGCUGAUGAAGAGAAGCUAGAUGAACGGGCCAAGCUGAGCGUAGCAGCCAAGCGCUCUCUCUUCAGGGAACUGGAGAAGAGCAUUGAUGGCGGAGCCCCUAAAGCACGGUCCAGGAAUGCAGCGGUGGACAGGAGAUUAAGACGGACACAAGACCGAUCCAGAACACAGCCAGUCACCACUGAGGAAGUAGUCAUUGCUGCCACCGUCCCCACUCACGUGCCACACACGGUGACUGUUCACACUGCUGUAGCACGCGUACCCAGCCCCACCCUAGUUCGCAGCACUGUCCCGCCAUACAGCCUACAGGCAACCUCGCAGCAGAACGCCGCCACCCGGGAGGCCCGGCAGAUACAGGAUACUCACGAGGUCCAGAGAUCCAAGCCGGUGUCCACAGUCGAGGAAAUAGACCAGAGCCAGAGCCACGGUCGGAGCCGCAGUCAGAGCCAGGGUCAGUACCAAGAUCAGGGCCAGGGUCAGGAGGAGCCUGACCUCUGCACCCUUAGCCUAGCAGAAAAGAUGGCGCUGUUCAACCGACUGGCUCAGCCUCCCACCAGGGUUACCCGCACCAGAGGGGACACACGCCAGCGCAGGGCCAACACUCGCUACCAGACACAGCCCAUCACACUGGGAGAUAUGGAGCAGGAGUCUUCAGACAUAGAUGAACAGGAACUAUGUGACAGCCCAGUAGAGCACCUACAACUUCAGAACGGUACCGGCUCUCGGUUUCAACACCUCCCUACUUCAUCAUCCUCCUCUGCUCUGAGAGCAGGAAGCACCGUCUCCACUGACCACGCCGGAGACAUCCACAUAACCAGAGCAGCACCCCGGGUCGAGCCCCUCCCUCCCUCCAUCUCUGACUCGUCCCUGCCCCCUCGCCACACCGACGACCCGGCCUGCAGGUCCCAGGACUCCGUGGACCACCAGAGGUACCACAUCGAUGCCAGGGAAGAAGACAGAGCUGAUCUUGGAGGAGGGAAGAGGAAGCUGCCCUCUCCCGAGGGAUCGAUCAGGCAGGCCGCUAUGCCCCAGCCCCAGACUGGAAGAGAGAGGAGGGGGGAGCAGGACGAGGGGGAGGCGGAGCAGCAGCGCCUGGACAGAGGGGGGGUGGCCGUGCAGAGCUCAGAGAGGCACAUGUUCCAGGAGUGGCAGGAGGCGUAUCUGAGGGAGGAAGGACAGGAUCCAGACAGUCAGAGGAGCAGGGCCAUCAGCGGAGAGCUGCCGGAGUCCACUGUGGUAACAUCCAGAGCGGCAUCUGGUCUGCCCCGCAGUGUGUGUCAGCCUCCAGCGGCAGACGCACACGUAGACGGCAGCGGACCCGCAGCAGGCCCGGUUCAGCUCGAGGACGGAGAAGAGCUGAGCGACAUGAUGACGGCCAGACACAUGUCCAUCAAAGAGAGAGUGGCCUUGUUGAAGAAGAGUGGUGAGCAGGACUGGAGGAACAGGAUCAAUAAGAAGCAGGAUGUGGCGAAGGUUGCCGUGGGUGAACAGCAGGCUCAGCUCUGGGAGGUGGAGCAGAGCUUCAAAACGAAGGACGAUGAAGUACUGAUGAUGAUCGAUGAGUUCGCUGUGUCCGACCAGCUGUGGGAGCCGGUCUUUGCCUCUACUUUCUCUCCUCCUCCUGAGCCUCCUUUCCAUACUCCCUCCCCUGAUGAUUCAGCCAGUCAGGCCGCAGGAUCUCCCAGACCCAUGCAGGUGGAUGAGAGACACCCCUGGAGACGGAAGAGAAUAGCUGAUGCUGAGAUGGAGUGCCAGAGCAUCGAGGCCCACAUGUCCAUCCAGGAGCGGAAACAGCUGAUAGUAGCCCAAGAGGAGGCCUGGAAGACCAAAGGCUACGGAGCCGCCAACGACUCCACCCAGUUCACUGUGGCCGCGCGCAUGGUGAAGAAAGGGUUGGCCUCCCCUUCGACCCUCCAGUCUCCAGUGUCAUCCAAACCCAAGAACAGCAACCCUGCCAUCUCCAAACCACAGGAAGACAUGGAGGAGAUGUCUGAUAACGAAGAGAUCAAGGCCGUGCCAGAUCUGAACCUGGAGUCGGACAUGAAGCUGGAUAAACUGGAGUCAUUCCUUGGCAAGCUCAACAGUAAAGUGUCUGGACUGCCAGAAACCACCAUCACAGUAACAGAGAAGAAGGUAAAGGAGGUAAUGACCCUCGAAGAUGAAACCUUUUCCAAGUUCUACCGCCAAGUGGAGGAGAUUCCCGUCAUCACCAAUAAGGUGAAGAUAGACGACGACUUCGAUGCCAUCUUCGGUCCCCAGGUGCCAAAGCUGCCCUCGGAGAUGGUGCAGCACAAGCGGGCGGUGCGCCCAGCGCGUAACGUCCAGGCUUCUAGGAACCCUCUGAAGAUGCUGGCUGCCAGGGAGGACAUCAGACACGAGUACACAGAGCAGAGGCUCAACAUCGGCCUGCUGGAGAGCAAGAGGAUGAAGGCUGAGAAGAUGAAUAAGAACUCUGGUUUCUCUGAUGUGGCUCUGGCUGGUCUGGCCAGCAAAGAGAACUUCAGUAACAUCAACCUGCGCAGCGUCAACAUCUCUGAGCAGAUGUCCAACAACAGCGCUGUGCCUUACAAGAAACUCAUGCUCUUACAGGUCAAAGGCCGACGGCACGUGCAGACCAGGCUGGUGGAGCCCAGAGCGUCCUCCCUGAACAGCGGCGACUGUUUCCUGCUCAUCACACCACACCACUGCUUCAUCUGGAUCGGAGAGUUUGCCAACGUCAUCGAGAAGAACAAGGCUUCAGAGUUGGCAAACUUCAUCCAGAGCAAGAGGGACUUGGGUUGCCGUGCUAACUACGUCCAGGUCAUCGAGGAGGCUGUCAGCACGCACAGCCACGCUGCCAAGGAAUUCUGGAAGAUUCUGGGAGGGCAGUCGAGUUUUCAGUCUGCAGGAACGCCAGAUGAAGACGAGCUGUACGAGGGUGCCAUUGUAGAGACAAACUGCAUUUACCGCCUGAUGGAGGACAAACUGGUUCCAGAUGAUGAUUUUUGGGCCAAGAUGCCCCGUUGUUCCUUGCUCAACCCCAAGGAGGUUUUGGUGUUUGACUUUGGCAGCGAGAUGUACAUUUGGCAUGGGAAGGAAGUGACGCUGGCACAGAGGAAGGUGGCCUUCCAGCUGGCCAAGCACCUGUGGAACGGCACCUUCGACUACACAAACUGCGACAUCAACCCGCUGGACCCAGGAGAGUGCAACCCAAUCAUACCAAAGAAAGGUCAGGGGCGACCCGAUUGGGCUGUGUUCGGCCGGCUGACUCAACACAAUGAGACCACCUUGUUCAAAGAGAAGUUCCUAGACUGGAGCGACUCCAGGAAAACUCCCAGUCCCAUAAAAAACACCAACGACCACGUCACUGAUCAAAAGGAGCAGUCCACCUCCGAUCAGCCCCACGCAUACGACGCCACCCUGAUGCUGCCCCUCCACCAAGGGCUCGUCUGCACCAGACUGGACGGGUUCAACGUGGGCCGGGGCUACGGCGUGGUGGAGGCAGAGGAGUGGCGCAGCUACGAGAUCAGCACAGUGGCCGUGGAGGUGUGGCACAUCCUGGAGUUCGACUACAGCCGCCUGCCACGCCAGAGCAUUGGCCAGUUUCACGAGGGCGAUACGUAUGUGAUGAAGUGGAAGUACAUGGUCAGCACUGCAGGUUGGUGUCAUCUUUUUUCACAUAUUGCACCGUCACCUACACCCAGACUUCCAGCUAGGAUUUGAUCUUUGUACUUUUAA